CAUUGCAUGUUCUCUGCAUGAAUUUCUGUUGUUUCUCACCCAUUUAUUUCCUGAGAAAAAAAUUUAAUCAAAUAUAAAAAAAUAAAAAAUUGAAUAAAGCACACGAUAUAAAUACAUAUAGAAUUUAAAUGCUUGCUAUAGUUUCAUGUCAUGUUUAUUGCCCAAGAUAGCAGUACAAAUUUAUUCUGUAUGUGUAGAUAUUAUCAGGGGGGUGUUGCUUCCUUUAGUUGCGGUGCAUUUGUGGCAGUGCAGUGGCUCAUUCAUCAACACACAUUUCCUCAUAUUGUAAGCUGAGUGCACAUUUUGACUGUUCACUUAGCUAAUAAAUAGAUGAAAUGCAGUGGGGCUAAUAAUUACAUCAAGUUCCUCUCCAAAACCAUACACAGAUGAGCCAAAGUACUGCAGGUUGGAGCAGAAAGCAAAGUCCCUCCCUCCAUGUUUAUAGCUCUACAGAAUAGAGGGAGAGAGAGUAAAAGGAUGCUGAAGACUGGUGCACUGGGACCACUCUGGGUAAGAUGCUGGAGAAGUACGACUCGAAAGUCUUUACAAUGGAGCGACAAGUCCUUUGAGUUUGGUAUACUUUGGUUAAAUACUAAAGGAGUAAUUGAUCUAACAUCAAGAACAGCCAUUUUUUCAAGCAACUUUUAGUGAAUAACUGAAAAGCUGAGGUGAGCAUGUCUUCCUCGCCCGGUAUCCAGCCUCAGGAGUCCAUGGAUGUGGUCUACAUCUCCAUUGAGACAGCCAUCGCCCUGGCCUCGGUGCUGGGGAACAUCCUGGUGGUUCUGGUGGUAUAUGUGAACCGGGCGCUUCGGAACACCACAUUCUUCUUCAUCGUGUCUCUGGCUGUGGCUGAUAUUGCUGUGGGUCUUCUAGUCAUUCCUCUGGCCAUUGUCAUCAGCCUGGGACUGAAGACUCAAUUCUACACAUGCCUUUUCCUCUCCUGUUUGCUCCUCAUCAUCACCCAGAGCUCCAUCUUGUCUCUACUAGCCAUUGCCAUUGACCGAUAUCUACGAGUCAAGAUUCCCACCAAGUACAGCUCCGUAGUGACCCAGGAGAGGGCCUGGGCAGCUGUUGGCCUGUGUUGGGUGCUCUCUUUCCUAACGGGCAUGGUGCCAAUGACGGGCUGGAAUAACCGUGAUGCCCUAAAUCCCUCCAGCGACAUUCCCUGUACGUUUAUGGGUGUCAUGAGGAUGGACUACAUGGUGUAUUUCAACUUCUUUGGAUGGGUGGUGGUCCCACUGGUCAUUAUGAUUUUUCUCUAUGUGGAAAUCUUUCGGGUGAUAAAAAGGCAACUCAACAGCCGUGCUGAGGCCACCUGUGAUGCAGAGAGAUACUAUCAGAAAGAGCUGAGGCUGGUCAAGUCUCUAGCUUUAGUGGUCUUCUUCUUCAUCGUGUGCUGGAUGCCAAUACACAUUAUGAACUGCAUCAGCUUCUUUUGCAAAGACUGCAAAAUCCCUACAGUAGCCAUGAAUGUUGGCAUUUUUAUGUCCCAUGUAAACUCAGCAGUCAAUCCCAUGGUUUAUGCCUUUAGGAUAAAGCGCUUCAGAGUUACAUUAAUUGAGAUCACUAGCCGAUGCAUGUUAUGCAGACGUACACAACCCACACCAUGUGCUACAGGCACACCAGCUAAUAUAGAGAAAUCCACUGGGAAUUUAUAGAACAUGGCAGGCAGCCUAUGAUAACAAGGACAAAACAUAAUACAUCAACACUAAUGAUAGCAGAUAAUAUAAAUAUUUCAGCGGUACAUUGAAAAAUAACUGACUGUUAAACAUAUAUAUCAGUGGUCAAUGGCCAUAAAGCAACUCUUUAAUACGCCUUUUUAGAGAUGGGCAUAUUUUCAAAAUGAUAAUGUCAUGAACAUUGUUUUGAGCAUACACAAUCGAUAUUCAAACCUGAAUAAAAAUCAAAAUAAAAUUAAUGUAAACUUUAACAAUUCUGCACUUCUUUAACGUUUGUCUGAUACUUAAACCUCAACUAACACAAUUCAAGAAGUAUUUUAACAAAUUUCUGUUGAAGUGACAUAAUAUUGUCUGAAAAGUUAUUAGAUUACCAAAAAAUCAAGAUAUCCAUUUCAGACAGUAUUGCUUAAUCCUUACUAUUACAAAAUACUGUAUAUUAUAUUAUUACUGUAAGUAUAUGUACCAACCAUGUGUUUGAUAUUGGCUAACUAACAUGCACUGAUAACUCAGAGAGGCUGAAAUUCUGCCAAGUCCAGACUGUGUACAAAGCAGCAAUGAAGAUUUAGUAAAGCUAAAGAAGAUUUACUGAGCAAAAUCAAUAAUGGGAAAGUGUUGGGUGUUUGUUUCCAAGAAAUAUUUUUCAUUCUAUAAAAGGUCUACCUGCGCUGUGCAUCCAUAAAGGAAAUGAAACAAAAUGGGUGGAUACAUAAAAAACAUGACCAUUUGAUUGGUUUAAUUUAAUAUGUCAGUGGAAGUACAGUGAGUAGGCUGUGAAGCACUGGGCUGCAGUAAUUCAUUCCAACUUUACUAAAGAGGCUAUUAAAAGUACUGCUUUGUCAUCACAUCUCCCACAUAAUUUCUGCCUGGGUCUAGUACAUGCUUGAAUUAUUCCCACAUAAUGUCAUAUGAAUCAAUUUAUGUCAUAUCUGUCAUUUAUCAACAAUGCUGCUCAGGACGUUUGACAGAUUAUUUAAAGGUGCUCUAUGUAUAUUUUCUAGAGUAGGGCCCACCAUUGUCUCCAUGGACAUGUUAUGGCUUUGUCUUUGUGAAAUUUCCUGCAGUGUGGCAUUAAACCAUACUAUUUUGCAUUUGUUUAAUUGUUUUUAUUGCUCAAACCUUAUCGAGGUGGGUGAAUUUAAUGCAAUUUUUGGAACAUUCUAAACAAAGCAAUGGAGGCAAACAGACUGUGGACUCCUCUCUAGGAAAGUUACAAAGUGCACAUUUAACAUAAGAAAUGCUCUGAAUAUGCUCUAGUAGUCCUUGGAAAGACACCAGUGCAUGUUGCCAUCUGUCACCUGUAUUCUUAUGUAGGAUUUGAAUGUGCUAAGCAUUGUCUAAUCCUCUGCCUGUGUCUUAGUGAGGUAGUUAACAAUUAUCACACUGCAGGGCAGAGCUGUGCUGAAGCCUGGACACUGCACAGACAAAUGCUUCUUUAUAUUAAGCACUUUAUCUUUUCCUCAUAAGAAUAUCUCGCCUCCUUAAGGUAAAACUGGUACUGAACUUAUGUCUGUAUAGAAUAGUGUCUAAUAUGCUGUGAUAGUUAUCUAAUUUUGGACUUUAUCUGCAGAGUGUUUCCGUUUGAGCAUCACAGCAGCACAAAUGGCAGAAACUGAUGGAACCACAGAAGUCCAGGACAUGGAAAACCCAGAGGAAGUGUUGGAUGACGAACAAGCAGCUUUGCUACAGUUUAGUAAAUAUAUUGAAAUGCGGCGCUCACUUCCAUGGGAGCAGUGGACAUUUAGGGAGAAAAUAAAUUUUUACCUUGACCGGAUUUUUCUAGGGUUGUUGAUUGUUUUUGUAAUUGUUGCCUUGUGUGAAUUUGUUUACAAAAUGUGGUAUGUGACCAAUGUGAAAAAGAUUACGGAGUUUGUUGUAGACUCCUUAGUGUUUGUGUUUGAAUGGCUUUUCAAACAGGACAAACAAGAGGAGCUCAUAGAAUUGUAGUGCCCCAUAGUAUUACUUUUUUUUCCCCUUUUAGGUUACAGGUUAUUUAAAGUAACAUGUUGUGAAGCAUAUUAGUAAACAACACUUUUUGAGGGAUGAA